AAUAUCCACUCUACGCGCGCGGCACCUAAUCUGAACACGUAAGGAUCAACAAAAACAAUCUAAAGCAAUGAAUAAUGAAGGGCAUGCUCCGUAUGUCCCUUGACCUAUCCUUAAACCCCAUCAACAAGGGAGCUAAUCAAACAUUCCGUAGUAAGGUAUUAUUAAAGGAUACGUUUAUUGAUAUCCUUCAUAUGCACUGAAAUGGAAAAAUAAAGGGUACUGACCAACAAUUGAAAUUAAGUUUGGAUUUCGCCUGCCGUUUAUGACAAGAACGUUUGGCCUGCAGACAGCUAGACGUCGUCGUUUUACUGAUGUUGUGGCGCCAGACCGGUGAAGCUACGAAUGAGUCAGCAAAGAAAUGGCCGUUCCUGCUGUCCCAACCCUGCAGCUGAACAACACAGUAAGUCAAAACUCCGCUGAACGUAACAUCCAUAUUGACGAAAGAGAAUUGGAGAACAUCACGAACAACGAUGGAAACGGCACCCUCCCAUUACAUUCUCCGUGGACUUUUUGGCUUGAUAGAUCUUUACCAGGAACAACCGCAGCAGAAUGUGAAUCAGGUCUGAAAAAAAUCUACACUGUGCAAACAGUUCAGAGCUUUUGGAGCGUGUACAACAAUAUACCUGGAGUUUCCAGUUUACCACUGAGAUGUAGCUAUCACUUAAUGAGAGGAGAGAGAAGACCACUCUGGGAAGAAGAGAGUAAUGCAAAGGGGGGGGUUUGGAAAAUGAAAGUACCCAAAGAAAGCACUCCUGCUGUAUGGAAGGAGUUACUGUUAGCCACUAUUGGGGAGCAAUUCACUGAUUACUGUGCUUCAGAGGAUGAGGUGGUUGGUGUUAGUGUCAGCAUACGAGACAGAGAAGAUGUUGUCCAAAUCUGGAAUGGAAUUGCCUCGUUUGCUAAUGAAGCAAACGUCCUAGGACGGAUCUAUGAACUUCUUCCACAGAUAACUUUUAAGGCAGUAUUCUAUAAGCCACAUGAGGAGCAUCAUGCCUUCGAAGGAGGUCGCCCAAGACAUUAGCACGCUUUGCACAUUUUACACUGUUGUUUUUGGUCUUCGAAAUGGACUGAAUUGUCCCCUAAUCUGAGCUCUACUGUCUUUUGUAAAUGUGUUAUACAAUUACUUCAGUUUGGGCAGACAGAAAAUAUAAUAGCUGGGGCUUCAUUUUAGGAUGACUGAUAGACAUGUACUUUAGUGUUUGUUUUUUUAUACAAAGAUAUUUAGCUAAAACUGAAGAGGACAAUAGUUGAUCAUGUAUACAUAUUUGUUUUUACCACAUUUGAUCUCAACAGUGCAAUUUUACCAGAGCCUUUUAUUUGUUAUCACGGGUUCCAGAUCUCACAAUAUAUUUUCAGUAUGUAAGGGAUUUACGUUGUUACCUUAUUCUAGAAUGAAUUAAGAGUCUUUUCCUCAAGACAGUAAUAUUCAUAUGGUUUUAUGCAAAAAUGUUGCACAUUCUCAAUGUUUUUUUGUUUGGUAGUUAUUUUGGGGGGUUAGGGGAAAGAAAGCUGUUAACUGUUACUUGUUGUUGGAUUUGUAAAAUGACACCAACUUUUGUACAAAAACAAAAUCAGAAAAUGUUACUAGAAAAAAAUAUAUGCAGUAGUUUACCCAGAGUGUUUUUGUAAUAGCGGUGGAUCAUGGACAAGCACACUCAAUAUUGUUUUUUCCGAAAUGCAGAAGCCUUUUUCAUUUUUACUAUAAUUAACAGGAUCUCUAUUACUGUUUCUUCAGUUCACUGAGGCUAAUUUCUAAGUUGUGCGUGCACAUGUUUAUUAUAAGCUCCGCGAAAGGGAUUUGAUCAAUAAAUAUUACAUUUAUAUUGUGAAUAUUAUUCUCAUUAAAGUCCUACAAACUUUAAAAGAACCCCUUCUUAAAAUAAAUAAAAAUGUAUGCUGUAUGAACCGUGCUUUGAGUUGAAUGAGUACUUCUCUGUACCAAAAACCUUUCUUAACCCUCAGUGGUGUGAGAGUGCAUAUUCCCUGCCAAGCAUUUAUGUUUUGUAACCUUGUAAUUGUUAUCAGAUGCCAUCUCUGUAGUUGAUCAAUGUCCUUCCCUGUGACUCAGGUCAUCCAUGUUCAAACACCAAGAUUGAUUAGUCUCCUAGAGAGAAACUAAUAAUCUUAGACUGUAUAGCUGGGUAUUGUUGCUGUUUUUAAUGAAAUUUGUUAUUUGUUUUAGUAAGAUGAGAUCUCAACUGAGUCUUUGGAAUGGUGCCUUGUGUUCCCCUAGGGUUUCGUUCUUGAAUGUUGUUUAUUUUCAACAUAUUGAACCAGUCAAAAUGUAAAAUAAAUAUUUUUGCUGAUUUUGAUAUAUGAAAAAAUAAAAAUGCAAAACAUGUA